AGAGAGAGAGAGAGAGAGAGAGAGAGCACGGACUCCGCCUAUACCAACCCCACAUCCAGCUCCAGUCCGACGACGGCGGAGGCUCCACAGAUCAGCCGAGCGAAGAAGAACCACGGCCCCCUCCUCAGCUCGACUCAAUUCCCGGCGUGAAAAAACGGAGAUGGGCUCCGUGUGAAUCCGGGCGGUGGAGGGGAGAGGAGGGCAGGCGGGGGGUGGGGGGGAACGACGACGAGAGCGUGGUGGGGGCAGAAACACCCAUAAAGAGGACAAACAAAAGCACAGCCGAGGGUGCCUCCAACCAUGAGCGGCGCGCACUAUUCGCCGGAGCUGCGGCUGCCGCUACCGCGUUCACUACGCCCGCCGACCAUGUCGUGAGGUGUGGCUCGGGAACACUCCGGGGAACCUGUCAGCCGAAACGACACGCCGAGGAGAAGGAGGAGGUGGUGGGGUGGUGCUGGUCGAAAAGAUGUCCGCCUCGGUGGGGCCCCAGGGCGGCCCUCGCCCACCCACCGUGCCGCCGUCCAUGCCAGAUCUGCCGGACCUUAGCCACCUCACCGAGGAGGAAAGGAAGAUAAUCAUGGCAGUGAUGGCUCGGCAAAAGGAGGAAGAGGAGAAAGAACAAGCCAUGCUAAAAACACUGCACAAGCAGUUUGAGAGCUACAAACAGGAAGUGCGUCGCAUCGGGGCCGAGACGCGGCGCCAGCAGACCCAGCAGAAGGACGACGCGCCCACCUGCGGCAUCUGCCGCAAGACUAAGUUUGCAGAUGGCUGCGGCCACCUCUGCUCCUACUGCCAGAUCAAAUUCUGCGCUCGCUGUGGAGGGCGGGUCUCUCUGCGCUCCAACAAUGAGGACAAAGUGUGUCUCAUAGUGAAGGACAGGGUAAUGUGGGUAUGCAACCAGUGCCGUAAGCAACAGGAGAUUCUCACCAAAUCAGGAGAAUGGUUUUCGGGGUCAGGGGUGCGGCCCGGGAGCCUGGACACCUCUUUAAACAAUCCAGCCACGGGAGGUGAGGCCCAACGGGACAGGAAGCUACUCCGCUCCAGGUCCCAAGCCCCACCGUCCAGCACCAACGCCAACACAGGGCCACCAGACGGGACACAUCCGCCCGGCGGUGUCACUGCUCUCAAGGGUGCUGACACCAUGCCUGGCUCUCGCUCUCAAAGUGAACCCCCAAGAGAAAAGAAAAGACCAGUUUCUUUCCAUGAGCAAAACGGUAAGGGAGGCAUGGGACGUGGUUCUGCCCGGAGACCAGCAGACAAGUUGCAUUCACAGUCAUCUCUGGACGAGCGGGUGGGUCCCGGAGACAGAGGAGAGAGACGGUUAGGAGAUGGAAGGCGGCUAGAAAAGAUCCACUCUCAGGACUACGAGGACGGGGAUGAAAACCUGGGUCGUUCAGAAACACACCGCAGGCGUCCAGAGGAUGAGGAGAAGAGGGAACGGCAGCGGCGCGAGGAGGAGUUUCAGAACCGCUAUCGCAGUGACCCCAACUUGGCAAGAUACCCAGUCAAACCACAGAAGGAGGAGCAGGAGAUGCGCAUGCACGCCAAGGUGUCGAAGGUGCGGCAUGAGCGACGACACAGUGAUCUUGCAAUAAAUGAGGUCGGACUGGGGCCUGGUGAAGGGGGUGGGGGUGGAGGCAGCACAGGAGAGGUGCCGGAAAACCGUCUUGCCAGGAGGGGUGGAGGUGGGGAAGGAGACCGCAAGGCCCUCAUGGAGAAUCACAGGGCCUACUCCGCAGAUAGGACCGUGGGGGUUGUAGGUGGGGCUUCCCCUGCCAGUGGAGGGGGAAGAUCAGGGUCCCAACUUGGGGGACCUGUGCCUUCAGACUGGGGUCCAAACAACAGUCGCCUGGAGCAUGGACCCCAAGACGGAACGCGGACAUCAAGAGAGAAGGGUGGGGUGGAUAACCUGCUGAGGAAGGACUCUCAGGGCUCGGACCAGUCGGAGUCUUUGCGGCCACCCCCUCCACAGUCAUACAAGGGCAAGCGCGGAGUCAACAAGAGGCAGAUGUCCAUCAGCAGCUCAGAGGAGGAGGGCGGCUCCACGCCCGAGUACACCAGCUGUGAGGACGUGGACAUGGAAAGUGUCAGCGAGAAAGGUGACUGGGACUGUCAUCCUCUAGAUCCUGCAGUUUGGCAUCAUCCAGUUUCGUGGCAGCCAUCCAAAGAGGGUGACCACCUGAUUGGGCGGAUCACUCUGAGCAAGAGGUCAGCCAUGCCCCGUGAGGCAGGCUCUCUCCUGGGACUAAAAGUGGUAGGAGGGAAGAUGACGGAGACAGGGAGACUUGGGGCCUUCAUCACCAAAGUUAAAAAAGGGAGUCUGGCAGAUGUCGUGGGACACCUACGUGCAGGUGAUGAGGUGUUGCAGUGGAACGGGAAGUCGUUGCCAGGAGCAACCAAGAAAGAAGUGUACAACAUCAUUCUCGAAUCCAAGGCUGAGCCUCAAGUGGAGAUUGUUGUUUCGAGACCUAUAGGAGACAUCCCAAGAAUCCCAGAGUCCUCCCACCCUCCUCUAGAAUCUAAUCCCUCAGCAGGCUCCAGCUCCUUUGAGUCCCAGAAGAUGGACCGUCCAUCUAUAUCCGUGAUGUCCCCUACUAGUCCCAGCACUCUCAGAGACCUUCCUCUGGUUCUGCCUGGACAGCUCUCUGUGAAGCUGUGGUACGACAAAGUGGGCCAUCAGCUGAUUGUCAACGUCCUUCAAGCCAUAGACCUGCCACCCCGACCAGACGGACGACCUCGAAACCCCUACGUCAAGAUGUACUUCCUGCCUGAUAGGAGUGAUAAGAGUAAACGACGGACUAAAACGGUGAAAAAGAGCGCUGAGCCCAAGUGGAACCAGACCUUUAUCUAUUCCCACGUUCAUCGGCGAGACUUCAGAGAGCGCAUGCUGGAGAUCACAGUGUGGGACCAGCCUCGAGUCCAGGAGGAGGAGAGUGAAUUCCUGGGCGAGAUCCUCAUAGAGUUGGAGACGGCCUUGCUAGACGACAUUCCUCACUGGUAUAAGCUCCAGACACAUGACGUGUCCUCUAUACCUCUGCCACAGCCCUCUCCAUACCUCCCACGGAGACACGUCCAUGGAGACAGCCCCAGCAAGAAACUACAGAGGUCUCAUCGCAUCAUUGAUACAGAGUUUGAUGAUGGUUUGAUAGUAGUGACUAAAGGCGCAGAGCGUAACUCCAGGGAGAGAGAGCGGGGCAGCACGUUGGCUGUGCCCGAGCAGCAGCGACCCGUCCAGCACCGCUCGCGCUCGGUGUCGCCUCACAGAGAGGACACGUGCAGAGCUCGGUCUCGGCCUGCACACGUGCCCAUGCAAAGGAGUUUGGAUGAGAUCCACCAGAACCGCCACCACUCCCACUCCCCCUCCCAUUACCACGAGCCCCACUUGGAGCACCAACGCUCAGGUGACUCGGACUACGAGUACUCUGAGGACAGUGAGGUCCUGGAGAUGCACAGGUCUAUCCGGGGCGGGAGUGCCGAGUGCCUGCACACAAACAGGAGCAUAGGUAGAUACAGCAACACCCUCCCCCCCAAAAUGCCCCUGUUAGUAAACGGUAUCCAUAAAGACAUUUACAGCUCCACCCUCCCCGCAUGCCUAAAGAGCAAGCCGCCCCACAGGCAGGAGGGGGGCAGCGCCUUGCCUCGUAGCAUCCUCACACACCGUGUGCUCAGGUUCACUGAUGAGGUCACGGUUAGUGACCUGCAGCCGUCGUUGGACAGAGUGAGGAGCGCCAGCACCACGUGUCUGAGACCAGACUUUCACUCUACUGACAGAGACAGGUGUUCCAACUCUUUGCCCCGAACGACUCCCCCAAGCCCCAGGAUCUUAGUAGAACAUGUGGCCCCUGAGGAAGACAGGCAGUCUAACAGUUCUCCAGGUCCAAACUGUCCAAAGGGCAGCAGAAAAAGCCUGGAGGGGGACAGUCGCAUCCAGCCCACCUCUAUCCUGAGGGGCAGUAGAGGGAGAGGAGGCCCUCUGAGGCCCUUUGGCCAGACAGUCCUGUCAGGGUCUUGUCCUAACUCACCACGGCUGGACAGAGCACACCCUUAUGGCAGCCCGACUUCCCCAGCGGGGACUCCCUCAUCAGGUCGCAGGGGCAGGCAGCUCCCUCAGCUCCCCGCUAAAAGCAGCAGUAUAGAGCAAGCCCUCGCAGUGGAGGAGCGAGCCCGACAGCUGCAGAUGAAAGUACAUUCCUACCGGCCUUCAGCCUCCCAUGACCCUGAGACAAACCUCAAGACCAAACGGGAGAUGUAUGCAGAACAGAGGCGCAGCAGCGACAACAUGUCGGCCAGAUCUUCAGACAGCGAUAUGAGCGACGUGUCGGCGAUCUCCCGUGCCAGCAGUGCCUCCCGCCUCAGUAGCACCAGCUACAUGUCUAUCCAAUCAGAACGGCCCGGGGGACGACUCAGAUCCAAGUCAUUAGAGGAGGACAAGAAGGACAGGAGGAUCUCGUGGGGGGUGGAUGGAGAGGAGGAGGAGAACGAAGGUGGAAAGAGGCAGUUCUCCGAGGAGCUGAAGCACAGGAGACACACUGUGGCAGGAGACACGAGAGAGUCCAGUCGGCAGAUGCGAGCGUCCAUGGGCCGCAGCAUGCUGAAGAGUUCCAGCGUGAGCGGAGAGAUCUACACCCAGGAGCGCACAGACGGCAGCCAAUCAGACACGGCGCUGGGCACGGUGGGCAGCGGCAGCAAGAAGAGACGCUCCAGCCUCAGCGCGCGGGUGGUGGCCAUCGUUGGCAACCGCCGCAGCCGCAGCACGUCGCAGAUCAGCGGCCCCGAGGGGAAGAGUAAGAAGGAGAAAGGAGCGUCCAUCCAGAGGAGCACAGAGACCGGCAUGGCCGUGGAGCUGACGAGGAACAUGAGCCGGCAGCCCAGCAGAGAGUCCAACAACGGCAGCAUGAACAGCUGCAACUCUGAGGGGAACUUGAUCUUUUCUGGAGUGAAUCUAGGUGCCAGCAGUCAAUUCAGUGACUUCCUGGAUGGACUCGGACCAGCUCAGUUAGUGGGAAGACAAACACUGGCUACUCCUGCCAUCGGUGAUAUCCAGAUCGGUAUGAUGGAGAAAAAGGGUCAGCUGGAGGUGGAGGUGAUCAGAGCACGAGGACUUGUACAGAAGCCAGGAUCCAAAUCUCUCCCUGCUCCAUAUGUCAAAGUCUAUCUGCUGAAUAAUGGAGCGUACGUAGCCAAAAAGAAAACCAAGAUUGCACGGAAAACACUUGACCCACUGUACCAGCAAGCACUGCUAUUUGAGGAGAGCCCGCAGGGGAAAGUGUUACAGGUGAUUGUAUGGGGAGACUAUGGCCGCAUGGACCAUAAAAGUUUCAUGGGAGUUGCACAAAUCUUAUUGGAGGAGCUGGACUUAUCAAGCACAGUCAUCGGUUGGUACAAGCUGUUCCCACCAUCCUCUCUGGUGGAUCCGACACUUGCCUCCCUGACGCGACGAGCUUCUCAGUCGUCUCUCGACAGCUCGUCCGGACCGCCCGGGGUCCGAUCUUAGUGGACAAACAGCUCUACACCACCGAGAAAAAACUAAAACUAAAACUCGGAGAGAAAUGAAAUACUAACGGCAGAAAUGUAGAACAACAACAAUCAGAAACACGAGAAAGCUUUGUUGAAAUCUGACAAUCACUCCUGCCGCGGUUAAUUUUGUCUGUCGUAGGGAGCGUCGCAUUUCAGUGUUUCAUGUCCAUUCGAGGAAAAGUCUCUGUGUUUUCUCUGUGUGUGCUGAAGAAGCCGUGCAGCAGCUGUCCAGACAGUACCAGAGAAUCCAAACGAAGCAGGGUGGCUUUUAACCGAAUCAACAAUAGCAAAGAAAUGUAUGUAAAGCAUCGGAAUGUAUGGACUCGAGACAAGAGGUAAUCACCCUCCGCUCCUGCAGGCGGCGCUGCGCUCCCUGCAGUGGCCUCCUCCAGAACCCCAACAGACUGCUGGUAUUCCCGUCCCCGCCGUGCGUGGGGGACGGGGUGCUCAGUCUGGAAGCACAGGGCCUUCUUCUGGUGCCUAGACCUCGGAGCCGCAUUACUGGUCCCCCCCUCUCUGUGGAAAGAUCCUCUUUUCAAUAUGUUUACCAUGGCUGCUCUGAAGCCGCACCGUUUCAGCGUGUUUGCUUUGUUGUUCAUUUCUUUCCCUUCGUUACUACUGGCACAAGAUGUUUUUAAAAAUGCUCAUGAUAAUGUUGUCAGUCUGGUGUGUGCAUGGAGAGUAAAAAUAAAAUACAAGAGAUUAAAAAAAAAGAAGCUAUUAAAUGUCUGCAAGUGUUAUGCAGGAAGAGGGCGGGGAACAGGUUAGAUUUUUACAUGUGAGAUUAGCGUUGUUUUGCUGGCAAGCGUGCAGGCCAGUCGUCUUUGUAUAGUUGUAUAUUAGGCCUCCCAGGAGGUUGACCAAUAAGUAAAAUUUAUGUCACUUUGAAAUAUCACAAGGGUACAAUGUCAAUGUAAAAAAAAGAAAACGGAAAUCUUUGUUCACCUAUGUGAGAGCGAGACAGGGGCGUCUAAUUUUUCACAUUUUUUGGGAGGCACAUUCCCUCCCUCCCGGCAUGUUAAAGGUUUUUAUCCAAUCUUUAGUUCAACAUUUUUUUCUUUUUAAAUUUAAACACAAGCACAAGAGCUUGAUUUUUUUACAACAAAAAGUUUAACGUUUUGAAGAAAAAAAAUAAUACAUACCUAAAAAAAACAAAAACAAAAAAAAGGACAAAAAGCAGCAAUCCUCCCGUCACCGGUUCUCUUCAUCGUUUCGUCUCGACGUUCGGAGGCAAACAGAACAACAAAUAUUGUCACAGUUUUUUCCUCGUGCAUCUCGGUGAAUGUGGGCCAAUCAGAUCGAUCCGUCGGGACGCCAACGCUCAUCCUCCGUCCGGCCUGCAGGCUCCUCCCACCCAGAGGGGGAGGGGCAGCAUGACUUUGGAACCCGUUCCAAGCUGCAUGCACAUUUUUGUAAACAAACAAACAAAAAAAAUCUAGAUACGCGUGUUAGCUCCACAUACUGUAGGGCCGCUUGUAUGUUGCAUGCAGUUGUACAGUUUGCUCGUACUUGAAUAUUAAAGAGAUAAAACCAAGAAACUGAAGCCAUUCCCAUUACGCAAAGACAUCCAAAUCCACUGCAGUCCAGUCCACGUCCUUCAGUCCGGUGCUGAAUAUCUCUCAAACCGAAUCCCAAGAUUACAUUGAUGUCUCUGGAAGAUGUACUGUACUGUACUGAGCAGACCUCGCAGCCCCUCUUACUGUUAUUCCACAUCAUAGUAUACCUCCGAGGGGCUGGGACGAUGUAUGAAUAAAUAUGUACAAAUCAGAUCUAUGAAAAUAUGAAUUAUGUUUCAACAUAAUGAUUUCAAACGACACGGAGAAUAAACUCAGAUGCACAGAAAGUCGCACCCUGUAAAUACUCAGCACUAUUCCCGGGGUUUUCAUUUGGUUCACUGAGAAAAGGGGCCAAGUCUUAUAAUAAGGAGCGAUUAGUACUUUAGGUGACGAGGGGACCGUGCUGUGGGACGGCGAUGGGUCUGAAAGUCCUCGUCUGAACACUUCUCUGUUUCUUCGAACUCUGCGUCUGUGCCCGGCCCGCCAUGCUCAGUCCCGCCUCACUCCAGAUUUCUUUUCAUUGUCCAGUGAAGCUGUUUUUUUCCUUAUUUAUUUAGGUUUUUUUUCCUUGUCAGUAUUAACAGGAGAAAAAAUUGCUGAUUGUUUACAACUUCUGUGUUCCACUGAAACAAGAAAAUCAGAAAAAAGUAAAGCAUUCACUGCAACAUUUCUUGUUUGUAUAACAGAUGUGGCUCAAAUGAUGUGUAUGUUUUAUAUAUAUAAAAAAAUUUCAUUUUUAUGAUUUACAAAUAAAAAAGAAUGUGUGGAAAAAAAUA